CAGACAUCUAUCUAGUGUUUGAAAGACCAUCCGAUCCAUUGGAACCUUAUAAACUGAAGUCUGCCAUUUGAACCCAUUUUCGUAUCAUAUCGUCAAGACAACAUAUCUACGCCGUCUACCAGAGAUAGGAAACAACCACUGUUGUGCUACGAAAAGCCUACUCCGGGCUUCAACACAAACCAAAAAUGGGUCUUCAAGGGAAAAACGUCCUUUUGACAGGUGCUUCAAUGGGCAUUGGCGAGGCCAUUGCCAAUGCACUAGCUGCUGAAGGCACAAAUCUCAUUCUUCUAUCGCGUUCAGAGGACAAGCUGAGCUCGCUGGCCAAGAAGUUGUCCGCUUCGUACCCAGACGCAAAAAUCAUCUAUCGCGCUGCCGACAUUGGCAACUUCGAAAUUGUCGACAAGGCCGUUGCUUCUGCCGUCGAGGAGAUUGGCGACAUCGACGUUCUCAUCAACAAUGCCGGUCUUGCCCUCGGAGCUCCCGCUAGGUUCCACGAACUCAAGAUCGAGGACGUCGUCACCAUGUCCAACACGAACAUCAACGGCACCAUGUUCGUCACCCACUCGGUGCUCAACAGGUCCAUGAUGAGGCAGAAGUCGGGCAAAGGGACCAUCCUCAACGUCACGUCCACCACCGCGCUGGAGGUGCCGCCCUUCCCGGGCGAAGCCGUGUACCACGCGAGCAAAGCCUUCCAGGAAGGUUUCACCAACUCCCUCCGGAACGAGCUGGUCGAGACCGACAUCAAGGUGCUGGCCCUGAGGCCGGGCGUCGUCGCGACUCACUUCCACACGCAACGUGUUGGGUUCGACAAGGACCAAUACGACUCGUUCAUCGAGGGCUACGACCCUCUGGUCUCCGAGGACGUUGCCCGUGCCGCCGUUUAUAUGCUCAACCAGCCUGAAAAGAUAUCCAUCAAGGCGCUGGACGUCGUCCCAACAGCUCAACGAUCACUCAAUGUAUUCGACCGCACAUGGAACGAGCGCAGAAACUGAGGCGCUGGGCCACGCCUCAUUGUUCGAAAUCUUAGGUAGCAUCAGCCGCGGAGGAUCGCGAGGCUAAGCAUCCCCCUUUGCCAAGUCCAAUUGUCACAGGCGCCACACACAGGGUCCGAGAGGGGGGGCGGGCAAAGGUUCGCCCGCAACACAGCUGACGUAGCGAGAAGAGUCGACUUUGACCAGAUAGGCGGCCAUAACCCCACGGCUACCACUCAACUAUUUGUUAUCUGUUGUAAAUUGACGGGCAAGAUACUA